AUGAUAGGGAACGCGAGAACCAAAAAGAAUGAUUCUCACCAAAACGGGGGCUUCCAGGAAUUGUCAUCACGACCUGUCACUGAUAAUAGUCCCGCUACAGUGCCAACCAGCGCAUCCCAAUCCUCACCCUUGAGGCUUCCCCCAAUAGAUCCGAGUAGGGCACAAGCUCCAGAUAGGCGCCUACCACCUAUAUUUCCGCGCGCUGGGCCAAUGGCCCAGCCUCAGAAACCUGCCCAAUCCCUGCCAAACAAUAGUAACGCCUACAACCCAUCAGAAAUAUUCCCUACACGGCGAGCAGUCAGCCGUACCCACACUCUCCAAUCAAUAUACCUUCGAGAAAUAGAAUUCCACUGUAUCUGUGCCGCCCGCCGUUUCUGGGAAGCCCACCGUCCACAGCCGAUGCUAAAGCUGGUCGUCCCGAAUGCCGCCCGUCCCUCUCGACCAUACGGUUCAGAGACACCCUGGCGGGGUAUCAACAUGCUCACGGACCCGGCGUUCCGGGACCUUCAGCAGCCCAUCGCGAAAAUAUUUCGUGCCGCAGACCAGGUCAUUGGAAAUGAUGAUGGGCUGGGGCUACGAGAGUAUCUGAGCUUGAUCGCUGAUUUGGAUUGGGAUAUGGUUCGACGGCGACAAUGUCAACAACAUCUAACACAACGGGAUCAGCAGCAGCGGCAGCAGGAGGCACGGCUCCAGCAAGCAGGGCAACAGCAGCUCCCUCCGUCCGGACGUCCUGGAAAACCAAUGCUAAUAACAGUUCCCCGGCCCACCUUCCCGCCGCCCAACAGCACCGUUGCCGAUAAUUCCAGACGGGCAUACUCGGCACAAUUCACAACUGUCCAGUUACUCGAUGAUUUAUACACACGGUGCGAGGCCGUGAUGAAUGCGAUACAAAAAGUGAACGUGGGUGAUGGUGAUAAAGAGCCAGUGGAGUUGAGUCUUGCAGAGCUUGAAGGGGUCGUUUCGUCGGCUCAAGGAUUAGCUCUUUCACUGAAUGGAACCUUAGAGCACCAUGCCAUUGGGGAGGUUUGGGCGAAGUGCCUUCAGUCAAGAUAUCCAUGA